AUGGCUUCGAGAGUUGCUCUAGCGCUCCUCGCGACCUCACUUCUCCUCACCUCAGCAGCUGCUGCUCAGUUCGCUCCCCGGCCGUCGCCUGACUCAUUGCCCAAACCGGCGCCCAUCUCGUCGCCCAUCACGUCGCCCAUCACGUCGCCCAGCAUGUCGGCCAGCACGUCGCCCGUAUCGCCACCUGCGACGACGUUUCGCGCGGAGCUGAAGCAAGUAGCGAGCAUCCUCGCUGGGCAGCCGGGCUACAGCCUUCCGGCCAAAGUGUUCUCCACCCUUAGUACGCCUUCUCUUCCGUCUUGCUUGCUCUUUGCACCUCUGCUUUUCCCCUGCGACCGUGGCAACUUCCCGAACGGCAAGCUGAAGCUCGUCGAAAACACCACGGUUCUCGUCCCCACCGACUCCGCCCUCGCGAAAUUCGGCCUUCGCGCGCUCUUCAACCCCAAGAUGGUUACCAAACUCGCCCGCUACAACAUCAUUCGCGGGCGCUUCUCCUUCGGCCAAAUGAAGAACCUUCCCCGCGGCACGCAGCUGCGCUCCCUUUACAAGAACCGCCCAGUAGAGCGCAAGGCCGUGAGCCCCGCCGCAAAGGACUGGGUGAUCAAGAACAAGGACCUUCUCGAGACAAACUUUUUCCAGAAGUUCGGGACGCAAGCGAGCUCCGCCGCGCUCAACAAGCUUCUCCCGCCCGCUGGCAACGAGGUGGGGUUCGGCCGGCCCAACUCCGGCCCGCUGUCGUGGGUGCGGGUAGACAAGCCCGACCUGUUCAGCGGUAAAUUCAUCAAGGUGCACGGUGUGGAUAACCUUAUCAGGCCGCCUGCUUAA